UCCCACGUUCCCACGUUCCCAUCAACCUGCGCCCUUUUCCUUCUCCUCUCUUUGAUGUUUGGGUAGAGCCAAAGCAAGGCCUAGUACCACUACGAGCUCAUUGAGUCCACAAAGAGAGAAGCCAUGGCAACGAAGAGGCCGCACCCGGAUCCUGCCAAUACCGACACCAAUGGCUCCAAAGAAGAGGAGAAAGAGGAGGGUCCGACCGAAGGAGCUUCCGUGACCACCACGGAUGCCUCUACUACUUCAGCCGCCACCCAAGAACCCAAACGCAAACGCCUGAAAAAGAAGACUCGCAAAAAAGUGAAGCAGCAAAAGGAGUUUUUGAUGGUCCAGGCACGGGAUUGUCACUACACCAAUUCUGUCAUUAUCGUCAGCAAGACUCCCACCAUGUCCAUCGACGACGAGUCGGAACCCAUCGUGACGACGACAUCGGCACUCCCCUCUCCCAAUGAAAUGCCCAAAUUAAGACUGCAACUGACACCCUCCACUACUCAUAUCUAUACACAGCCCUUGCUGGUCUUGGAUAUCAAUGGGAUACUCUGUCAUCGCAUUCGAUCCAACCACAAGCUACCAGUCAAGUACCGACGAGCCACGUGCGCCGUGGCAUGCACACCCGUCAUUCCCAGACCACAAUUGACGUCCUUUUUGACUUUUUUGGAUGCCCACUUUUGUUUGGCUGUCUGGACAUCGGCUCAUGCCAAAACGGCCAAACAUUUGGUAGCGGGUCUCUUUCCCCCGGCCAUUGCCUCGCGAUUGCUUUUCGUGUGGGGACAAAAUCGAUGCAAGACUGUCGUCCAGGACGAUGGAGAAUCCGUCUUUCGAAAGGAUCUCGACAAGAUCUGGAAGGAUUAUCACUUGUGGAAUUGCUACAAUACACUCUUGAUUGAUGAUUCGCCCGAAAAACUAAAGACGUCGUUCCAACAGAAUGCCUUGCAUCCUCCUCCCAUGAAUGGGCAACAACCGGACACGGCCGAUGAGGUGAAUCAUCAACGACAAAUGAACUUCUUCCUGAAGCUUGUUGCCUUUUGGAACGAGCGACAAACAACGAGAACAUGGGACGAGGGGGGUACGGUCACGGACAAUCCUGGCCCUGAAGCUCUGUGGGACUUUUUGGGAAAGCACGCUUCGGAACACAUGGGAUGGACACCCGGGGAUUUGGGGGGCAACGACUCCAAGGAAGAAAUGGUGCUGAUGGAACCGAUGCCGGUUCUAGUAUCUUUCAAGGGCAGCAAAGAGGAAGAGAAGAUGGAUAAAACUGAUGCAAUCCAGCAAGAUGAAAAGAUUGGGACUGAUGGCGGCGAUGAUGCUGCUUGGGAAAAGCCAGAGCACAGUUGCGUGAAUGGGCAGAAAGGAGAAAAUGAUGACCAUGACGACAAAAUGGAGACUGAUGGCGAUGACAAUGAUGAUGCUGGUAGUGAGAAACCAGAGCACAGCUGCGUGAAUGGGCAGAAAGAAGAAAACGAUAACCAUGACGGCAAAAUGGAGACUGAUUGCACUGAUGGUGUUGGCGGUGUAAAACCAGAGCAUACUCCUGUCCAAAUGAUACUUACAAUCACGUCUCAACGGUGUCACUUUGUUGCCCAGACGAACCAAACUGGGGAGAAAGCUAACGUUACCCUUCCCGACGACGACAACAAUAAUGGCUCGAAAGCUCUGGUAGAAUCGAAGCAAAGUAGCGGCAGCUUUGACGUUCAGGCGGAAUUCCUCCAAUUUCAUGCCCAAUCCAACGACCCAGUGUCGGUGUACCUGCAAGAAAAAAGAGUCAACGGCAAAGAGUCCAUUGCUGCACGAGAAAUCACCAUUGUCCCAGUCCAUGAUAGCGAAGAGGAGAAGUUGAAACUCUGCAAACGGUUGUUUGAACACGUCGCCAAACUGUUGGAAUUGCAGUCAAAUAGAAAUGGAAGUGUAGCUGGCAGGAAGGGGAAGAAGGAGCAACGAAAUUCCAAUUAUGGGGGAACAGACAGGAAAACUCCUUCAAAAUCAAAGCUGCAAACCGUAGUGGGACAGUUUUCCGAUGCCGAAGAGGAGGAGGACUCAAUGGUUGCGAAGGAUCAGCAACCACCAAACGAGACCCCCCAAGGGAAGCCAUCAUCAGAGACUGAUCAAAAUGUUGCUGAGGCAGCUUCGCAGCCGCUGCAGUCGGUGGGACAAUUUGACGAUGCCGAUGACGAGUGAAGGGGUUGUUAACUAGCUACGGUCAUUAAUUGUGAGCAUCAUAUAUCAUAACGGCUCGGUUAUGGAUGCUUCUCGACAGCAAAAGUAGCAAACAAGGUACUAGUGUACAUUACAAGAUUCCUUCUACAGCUCCAUCAGCAAUACAUCUCCGUUCCGAAUACAGUCACCAAGCUGCGCAAGCUGUCCGUUCCGCCAGACACGAGGCUCCGACGGAGGAGACGAACACGGUUCACGGACGUCGUCACUUUCGCGGCCGCAUACCUCCAAAACUUUGCUCUCUUGAGAGAAAACUUCUGGAACCGUCUCUUGCAUGUACUCCAGCGCAUCACGGAUCGACGAACCCGACUCCAAAAUUACCAGUUGUCCCUGAUCCAUGGAAAGCGAUGCAGCACCGGCUACAAACACGUACACCCGUUCUUGUGUGAGCUUCUUCUGCGCCGUCACAAGCGCAUCAAUGUAUUCAAAUUGUUGAUUGCUGCUGCGCCUCGCCUUGUUCUUCGGUUCCGGCUGAGAAGCUACCUGUUGGAAAUCAACCUUGUCGCUAAUCAGAGAAUUGGGUCCAUUGUACACAAUGGAGGGUUCCAAAAUCACCUCAUCAAAUGUAAACGGCUGAGGAAUGGCAUCCAGCUCUGCAAUCGUUGUGAUGGGGACAACAUCGACAGCCUCUGGCGACGAUUCCGAUUCAUCGGUGUUCACGCUGGGUUCCACCACUUCUGCCGCAGCUUCAAUGGCAAACAUGGCCUUUCUGUCCGUGCUCUUGGCAUCUUCUUCUUCAGUAGUCGAUGCCAAUUUGUAAUCCCAGUGCGCGGCAACGCCGUACUCGGCAAUCCGAUGCAUUUCUUCGCUUCGCACCUGCACUUCAAAGGGGAAUUGUUCUCCCGUAAAGUAGGUCAAGUAUGCCGUGUAGUGCAGGCUCUGGUACCCAUUCGGCUUGGGGUAUUGAAUGUAAUCCUUGACACGAUCUUGAUCUCCCGGCCAAUACCGUCGAAUCAAAUGCUGCACAUAGUAACAGAGCAACUUUUCCCGUGCUCGUGUCGUCUCGUCGGGUUCCUCGGGAGUUUCCUUUUUGGCCUUGAGUAUGACUCGUAGCGCAAUACCGUCAUUGACCUCGGCAAAGGACAAGUUGGAAGCCGUCUUGGUGGACGAUCCACCUUCCAGUAAAUGCUGCUUUUGCUUCUUUUUCGUCUGCGACUUGAGCAACUUUUUCCAAAAGGAAUAGGGUUCCUUGACCCGACUGCUGAUUUGAAUAUCGUCAAUGUGCGCCAUUAACGACGCAUCGCUCCGCAAAAGUGCAUC